GAUUGUUGCUUGCCAUCUGCCCUGCAUUGCUUGGCUCUCGUCGCCCAUCCUCUUCACCCCCCCUCCGCCGCCGUUCCCAUAACGUCACAUCAUCCUUGCACUUCAACUCAUUCCUCUUUUCAUCAUCCAUUCAUACACCCACCACAUCAUCAUUGCUUACGACGACGACCUAGACUGUUGAUCGCCAUCCGGCUACGUGCAUUCUCCCCCACUAGCCAUCACGGCCAGUCUGUUCGGUCAACAUGUCAAAGCCAAAGCCAGGUCUCGGCAAGGGCCUUGCCAGGACUCUUGUCCACCCUGUCCCAACAGCACCAUCAGCAGCCAUUCACCACCCGAUAGCCUUGCCACCAUUGGCAUCGUCCAACACGACUCGAGUAUCGUCACUCUCGGGCCCACGGUCGUCGCAAUGGCCGUCAGCCGUCGUCCCCAACCAUAUGGCCUUGUUGCCACUAUGGGAUGCUCCACAGACCGAGCUUGGUCGCCGGUCGUAUGUCACCGCGGCGUCCCCGCUCCGUGCCUCUGUCGAUACCUCGACCUCGACGCCUUCAUCGUCGAGUUACUCGUUUCCCCAGUACCUUCCUCCUUCCUUGUUGUUUGACCGCCCCCGACCACCAUUCAACGAUGUUCACCUCCCACCGCCUCCCCCGCUCCCGACAGCCGCUGUGCUGCGAGCCCCAUCACCCCCUCAUCCCGCCAAACAACCCCGUCCCACUCAGACGCACACAGUCUUGUCACCAACCCCGCAAUUGAACAAUGGCCCUUCCCCCUCGCCAAGUCCGCCCCUUACUUAUCUCGGGAUUAGACCAGACCGCGUUGACAUUCACAAGACGGCGCCAAUACCCGAUCCAAACAACCUCACGCUCUACUCGUCAAACUUGAUCUUUCACUUGGGAGCCAGUGGAUCAGCCAAAGAGAGGUUUCCUUCCCCGCCGUCUAGAGGACGUUCCCAGACACCUCCGCCUCCGAGGCCUCGGUCUUUCCCUUUGCCAGACAUUACGCCCCCGACAGCCUUGCAUUCGACGGCAGUAGGCGAGGACUCGUACUUCGCCCGAGUUGACGGCGUCUGUGUGGCCGAUGGUGUUGGGGGAUGGUCGAGGUCGGGUAAGGGGCCAGCAGAUGCCGGCCGGUGGAGCCGCCUUCUCACCCACUACUGUGAAGAAGAGGUGGCCCGCUGGUGGGCCGGCGCCGACGAUUACAUGACUUCCGACGAUGAUGCCUCGGGGUGGGCAGCCCGGGCAUGGAAGCGUGGAGCCGAGUCCGAAGCAGGAGGCACAGCAGCAAGCCGCCGACACCGCCGACCUCUCGACCCCGUCGAAAUCAUGCAGAAGGGCUAUGAGAAAUGUCUGUCGUGCGCGGCCGCAGAGGGAAUCUAUGGCUCGUCGACGUGUUUGCUGGCUCUCCUUCACCACUCGACUCUGCUCGUGGCCAAUCUCGGCGACUGCAGCUUGCUGGUGAUCCGCCGGGGAGAGGUCGUGUUCCGAACCUCGGAAAUGCAGCAUGCCUUCAACUUCCCUCUGCAGUUGGGGACCCACUCUCGCGAUGAGCCCAUGAAGGACGCCAAGCGAUAUGAUUUCACCGUCGAGAAGGAGGAUGUUGUUAUUGUCGGUAGUGACGGGCUCAUGGACAACUUGUUUGAUGAGGAUAUCCUAGAAACGCUUCAAGAGUUUUCGACACCUUCCCAGCCAUCAUCACUGCCGCCAUUCUCGCCUCAAGUGGUAUCCGAGGCGCUGUGCAACAGGGCGCGCGCCGUUUCCGAGCAAACCACCGCAACUACACCUUUCAUGAUUCGGGCGAUUGAAGAAGGCAUCGACUUUGUCGGUGGCAAGAGAGACGACAUUUCAGUUCUCGUCGGCGUCAUUGGCGACCGCGACCGCGACGGGUUGAACAUGACACUAGACGCAGGAGUUCUCUAGAUGAGUUGUAUGAUGCAUUGUGUUGUUGUCUAUAA